CCAUCUCUAAUUAAACUGAAAGUGCUGAAAAUUGCGUUGUUUUGUUUUUGUUGCAUUCGGAAAAUAUGCAACGAAAGAGAUUUCUAACUUUGCUAAUCAUUGUAUUGUAUUCCAUAGUCUGGGCGACGUCCACCCCUUUGAGCCAAGAUGAUCUAGCCAAUUCGGAUGAAUCCAAUAAUGGGGAGAAGGCAGCACAAUCGUUCGAGGACUUUCCCCACGAUGAUGAUGACGACGACGACGAUGAUGCCGACCACAGCAAUGACAGGGACAUAGACAGCGAUUUGGAUGAUGAAGACCAUCUGCGUGUACAGGAUCACAAUUGGGAUGUCCUGAUCUUUACCCAACAAUGGCCAGUGACAACAUGUUAUCAUUGGCGUGAAAAUAAUCCCAAUCAAGAAUGCGAAUUGCCACAGAAAAAAGAAUUCUGGACCAUUCAUGGUAUAUGGCCAACCAAAUUGGGUCAACUUGGUCCCGAUUUCUGUAAUCGUACAGUCAAUUUCAAUAUCACCCAAUUGGAAGGCAUCGAACAGCAAUUGGAAACAUUUUGGCCAGAUCUAAAGGGUCCGAGCUCUCAAGAGUGGCUUUGGGAACAUGAAUGGCUUAAACAUGGCACUUGUGCCAUGGCUUUGACCGAAUUGGACAACGAAUUGAAAUAUUUUGAUCAGGGCCUGGCCUGGCGUGAGGAAUAUGUUAUGUCACGCAUCCUGGAUCUAUCCGAUAUACAUCCCGAUUCCAAUAAUACAGUUGUGGCCAUUAACAAUGCCAUUGUCAAGGUGUUGCAUAAACAGCCAUCGAUUCACUGUCUCUUUGAUGGCAAACACGAGAUAAGCUAUCUAUCCGAAAUCAGAAUUUGUUUCAAUAAAUCCUUGGAACUGAUUGAUUGUGAUGGUGUCAAAAUGGGCGAUGCUCGACCCAUACAUUAUCCAAGUGGUUCGGUUAUAACCAAUUGCCAUAUAGGUAGUCCCGUCCAUUAUCCCAGCCUGUUGCCCCCAUUGCUGCGCAAGGAUAACAAUAGCAAGACAUGGAAAUUCCCCUUGGUCAAUGUCUACAAGUUGUUGCAAUUUCUUAUGUGGUUUACCCUGUAACUUUUUCAAAACAAAAAUCAGUAAAUUGAAUUAGUUUUAAUGGGUAAAAAGCAGCCCCCACAUAUUAUAGAUCAAUGUUAAUCCUUAGAGUAGAUAACAAACACUUUAGGGAUUAGAUGGGUGGGCGGGAAUAUAUAUAUAUCAAAUUGGAAGUAUUUUAUAUAUUUUUUUUUUGUUUCUGUUUGUAAUACGCCUUAGGAGACUCUAACUCUAAUCUUUAAUAAUCUUCUAUCUUUAACACGCUAUCGCUAUGAUUAUUAAAACAAAAGCCAUCAUCAUAUAUUGUCCAACUAUUCAUUGAAAUAUUUCACACAGUAUUGUUACACAAGACUCUCCGAAUAGUAAGAAGACAUAAAACAAAAGACAACAGACUCAUCAAUUAAAUUAAAUUUAAAACAAAAACAAAAAAAACGAAAAUGACAAACUAACUUUGUAAAUGAAUUUAUCAAUAAUAUUAAUAAUAAUAAUCGGACAAUUGUUUAAUCAAUAAAUUCAUCUUAUACAUAUGAUAUAAAUAAAGUGGCCUUUGUAUAAACCAA